GAAAGCCUAGCCGUUCUGAGGGUCCCCAGGGGAACAAAAGAAAUUGCUCUUAGGGAAGCCAGGUCCCAUGGGGAGGCCCCAGACAAGAUGGAAGGGCGUGUGAAGGUACUGGAAGAGACCAAACGGGUGCCUGCCCCUUGUAGUCCCCAGGAAGGGUCAGACCCUCACAGUCUAACCCUUUAAGUCUUGGUGGUCAUGGCGAUAGCCUCAUUACCUGUGACAGAGGGGCCUCUUCGGACAUCAUGACCCCUUGGAAUGACCAGGGUGACAGAGCGCCAGUGGAGACCACGGCUGAAUUUCCCACCAUCAUGGCCGACAAGGGAUUUUCAGCUCAAUUGCCGCAGAACCGGGGAUUUCAACUGCUGACCUUGGGGCUUGCCGUCCAGUGUGCAACCAUAAAGCACCGUGAAGAAUUCGCCCCAGAGAAGACCGUACAGGGUCUUACAGUGUUCCACCACAUUAAAGGUUCUGUGUCUGUGUCUGGCCGCCAUCUGUCCCUGGCAGCCCUGCAGCAGCCCUUCGACAGAGCCAAAGCCUCUUUUCAAACUGAAAUCCCUGACAGGGACAUCUUGAACACUUUUCUGCAGAUUAAUGUUUUCACACCAGCGACAAUCCGCCGAGCAUCUCCUCUGUCCAAGAUGACCAUCUGCAACAAGCCCUCCAACAAGACAGCCCCCGAGAAGAGUGUGUGGACGGCGCCCCCGCCGGCCAGCGGGCCCUCCCCGGAGCUGCAGGGCCCCAGGUCACGGCGGAAUGGGUGGAGCUGGCCCCCCCACCCGCUGCAGAUCGUGGCCUGGCUGCUGUACCUCUUCUUUGCUGUCACCGGUUUUGGGAUCCUUGUGCCGCUCCUGCCUCACCACUGGGUGCCUGCUGGCUACGCUUGCAUGGGCGCCAUCUUCGCCGCCCACCUCGUGGUGCACCUGACUGCUGUCUCUAUCGACCCGGCGGACGCCAACGUGCGGGACAAGAGCUACACAGGGCCCCUGCCCAUUUUUAACCGCAGCCAGCACGCUCACGUCAUUGAAGACCUGCACUGCAACUUGUGUGAUGUCGAUGUGAGCGCUCGCUCCAAACACUGCAGCGCCUGCAACAAGUGCGUGUGCGGCUUCGACCACCACUGCAAGUGGCUCAACAACUGUGUGGGCGAGAGGAAUUACCGGCUCUUUCUGCACAGUGUCGCAUCCGCCCUCCUGGGGGUUCUGCUCCUCGUGGUGGUGGCUACCUAUGUGUUUGUCGAGUUCUUUGUCAACCCCAUGCAGCUGCGGACCAACCGCUACUUUGAAGUCCUCAAGAAUCACACGGAUGUGUGGUUCGUGUUCCUGCCCGCGGCCCCAGUGGAGACCCAGGCUCCAGCCAUCCUGGCCCUGGCCGCCCUCCUCAUCCUCCUGGGCCUGCUCUCCACAGCCCUGCUCGGCCACCUGCUCUGCUUCCACAUUUACCUUAUGUGGCACAAGCUCAGCACCUACGAGUACAUCGUGCAGCACCGCCCACCACGGGAGGCAAAGGGGCCCCACAGAGAGCUCGAAUCCUGUCCCCCCAAGAUGCAAUCCAUUCAGGAGAUGGAGAUCUACGUGCGGACUUUCAGCCACGCGCGCGCGCGGCCGGAGCCCCGGGGCCAGGCCAGGCCCCCCGCGUUGAAUGCCGACCACUCCCGGGUCCUCGCCCCCCGCGACCACGACCGAGCAGAGCCUGCCUCGCCCGAGGCACGCGCGUUGCCCCCCCGGAUCCGACCUCAGAAAAAGAGGAAGCGACGCGUGUAUAAAGUGCCGACUUCUGGGACUCUGGACCCGGCGCACACACGGCCCCGGCUACCGGGCUCCGGGGCGUCGGGCCGCCACUCCAGCUCGUCGUCCGACUCGGCAGACGCCAGCCCGGUGCGCGCCGCGGGCCCUGCGGACGCCUACCACUCGGCGUCGGCCGAGUCCAUGGACGAGAUCCCCGUGGCGCAGACGCGCCUGGGCAGCGCCGCCCUGGCCGCCCCCGGGGCCCGGGCCCGAGCGCCCGCCGUCUUCGUGAGCCCGAGCAGCGGCGAGCCGGGGACUCCCGGCGGCCGGGAGAGCGGUUCGGCCUAGCCCGGCGGAGGCCGAGGCGAGCGGCCGGCCCGACUAUGCAACAGCCACCUCGCCGCACCGAGUGCACUUUAGGGGCCCCGAAGACCGGCGGGCCCCCCGCCCCCCACUCAGCAAUACCCACCCUACCGGCCAUGAUGCUCAAUAAACUUUUGUAUGCUUUUGCGGA